AUGUACUCAAUUAAAACAAAAAAUCUUAUUUCAUGUUUCUCCAAAAAUACUUAAAUGAAUUUAUAAACUUUGUUAUUCUUCUUCCCAACUUCCUUUAUUUAAAAAGUUGAAAAUGCUAUUUCUAAAUAAGGAGGCAAUCAAAAAUGGCUUAUAUUUGAAUAUUCGCAAUUAAUCUCUAAACAUAAUGAAAAAGUAAAUAAAUUAUUUUAUUGUUUUAAAAGGCCAUUUCAUUAUAAGACCUAUCCUCCAAAACUUGAAAAAUUUAAUUUUAAUUAGUUCAAUGAAAUAACUUAUAAAAUCCUAAGCCAGAAAAGCUAAAUUAUUCAAUUUUUAUAAAAUAAUUCAAUUUAAAUUUAUCAUACUUAUAUAAUUAAUAUAAGAAUUUCUAAAACUCUAAAAAUAAUGAAUUAGAAUGCGCUUUUAAUUCUGCUUACAGUGUCUUGUCUUCUUCAGGGUGGUUUUGGGUGUCCUGCAGGGACUUGGGGAAUAAGCCCUUGUUUACCAUGUAUGAGUGAGUGUGCCACUUGUAGUAUUGCUACACAAUGUAAUUCUUGCAAGCCUGGAUACUACUAUGUAUCAUCUGGGUUUGGGCAAUGUCCUGAUUGUUCAUCUACGUGUAAAACUUGCACCUCCUCAAGUACUCAUUGCACAAGCUGUAACGAUGGUUACUAUUUAUCUGGAACAAACUGUCCAGCAUGCUUAAGCCCGUGCUCAUUAUGCGUAACAACUAACAGUAAUUGUCUUGGUUGCGUUUCUGGCUAUUAUAUUUCAGGAUCAACCUGCGUAACAUGUUCAAAACCGUGUGCUGAAUGUACUACCUCACCCUCUAAUUGUACAGUGUGCGUAGAUUCAGCUAAUUAAGCAAUUCCUAGUUGUGAUUGCACUCAACCUACCAAAUAUUUAGAUACAACUACAUAUAUGUGUAAUAAUUGCGUUUCCCCUUGUCUUAAUUGUAGUACAGCAUCUUUGUGUGAUAGCUGUGUUAAUGGAUAUGUAAUAUCUGGACACGCUUGUCUACCUUGCACCAAGCCUUGCGCAAACUGCACAAUUAAUUAAACCAAUUGUUAGACUUGCGUUGAUUCAGCUAACUAAACACCUCCCAGUUGUAGUUGUAACAGUGGCUUUAUAAUGAACUUGUCAACCUUUAUGUGUGACCAAUGUAUUCAUCCAUGCUUAACAUGUCAAAAUUCAGUGAGUGAAUGCCAUAGUUGUGCUUCAACAUAUUAAUAUGAUUCAACAGCCCAUACUUGUACUUGCUUAACCAAUUAAUAUGAAGACAGUGGAUCACCUAAAACUUGUUAAAACUGUUAAUCGCCAUGUUUGACAUGUUCAAGCAAUGUUAAUUGCAAUUCAUGUAUAAGUGGAAUAAAUAGACAUUAAUCAGGAAGUAGUUGUAUUUGUGAUGAUGGUUAUUAUGAUAAUGGUGGAGUAUGUACCUUAUGUUCAUUACCUUGUACAAAAUGCACUUCACCAACAGUUUGUACAGAAUGCUAUUAAAUAUCCUAUUAAGUGUUAAGUGAUUGUCAUUGCAUGAAUACUUACUAUAUGGAUGCUACAUUUACCUGUUAAUCAUGUAUUAGUCCGUGUCUUAACUGUUCAAGUAAUAGUGUUUGCACAUCUUGCAUUGAUAAUUACUAUUUAGACACUACUAACUGCGUUUAAUGUACAUUACCAUGUUUCAAUUGUGUUGACAUAGAUACUAAAUGUACAUCAUGUGCACACCCUCAAUAAACAGUUUAAAGUAAUUAAUGUGUAUGUGAUGAUGGAUAUUAUAUGGAUGCUUCUUAUUAUUGUUAAUUAUGUACUCAUCCUUGUUCUAAAUGUACAAAUACAAGUACAUAAUGUACAGAUUGUGCUAGUACAUUUAUAUCAAGUGGAUCAAAUAGUUGUAUUUGUGCUGAUGGAAAAUAUGAAGAAACAACAAAUUCGCCUAGUGAUUGUUAAACUUGUACUUCACCAUGUGUUAAAUGUGAAAUAACAUCUACUCAUUGUUUAACAUGUAUUGAUACUAAUUAAAGUGUUGAUCCAUCAUCAUAUUAAUGUAUAUGUAAUAUAGGUUGGGUUGCAAAUGGAAACUAUUGUGAUUAAUGUUUAUCACCUUGUACAUCAUGUUCAGGAACAACAACUUAUUGUACAGCUUGCAAAGAUGCUCAUCAUUAAAUAGUAAGUGGAUAAUGCAUAUGUGAAUCAGGAUGGGUAAAUGAUGCAAAUUAUGAUUGUUAACCAUGUGUAUCCCCUUGUAGUUCAUGUUCAAUUAAUACAACUCAUUGUGAUUCAUGUUUAGAUAUACAUCAUAUUAUUAAUGCUAGUUAUUAAUGCAUUUGUUAAGAUACAUAUUAUUCAGAUACUAUAUCACAUUGUGAACCAUGUGUAUUACCUUGUGCAAAUUGUGAUAUAAAUGGAUGUCUAACUUGUAUAGAUACCAAUUAAUAUAUUGAUUCUAAUUUAGAUUGCAUUUGUAAUAAUGGUUAUUAUAUGGAUACAGUUAAUUGUUCACUAUGUUAAUUACCUUGUGUAUAUUGUACAACACUUUUAGAUUGCUUAACUUGUAUUGAUGCUAAUUAAAGUAUUGUAGGUGAUAGAUGUGUAUGUAAUGAUGGUUAUUAUGCAAGUGGAAAUUAUUGUAAUUAAUGUUAACUACCAUGUACUAAAUGUGUAACUACAUAAAAUACUUGUACGCAAUGUGUAGAUCCUAAUCAUUUACUCAUUAAUAAUAAUUGCGUUUGUAAACCUGGAUAUGGAUAAUCUGGAUUGAAUGGUAAUUAUUGUUCUAUGUGUUAAUAUCCAUGUUUAGAAUGUUCAAUUAAUGUAAAUACUUGUACUAAAUGCAUUGAUUCCAGCUUAUUCAAACUAGAAAAUAAUCAGUGUUUAUGUCAAGAAGGAUAUUAUAAAGAUGAGAAUUAAUGUUUAAGAUGUGCUCCAUAAUGCAAGAGUUGUGAAUAAUUUUAAGAUUAUUGUUUAGCUUGCAAAGACGUUACCUUUAUUCAAAUUAAUAAUUAAUGUUUUUGCGAUUAUGGAUAUUUUUUAAAUUCAGCCUUUUAAUGUAAACCCUGUAAUUCACCUUGUACAACUUGCUAAUACAAUAAUAAUUUCUGUACUUCCUGCAUAAAAGAGUAUUAAUAUUUAAUAAAUAACACCUGUGUUUGUUAAGAUGGAUAUUAUAUGUAGAAUUAUGAAUGCUCGUUAUGCUAUUAUACCUGCACUAAAUGUUUUAGCUUUAAUAUUUGUAAUGCUUGCGUAGAUGGAUAUUAUCUUAAUAAUGAUAUUUGUACUUAGUGUGAUACUUAAUGCUUAACUUGUAUUGAUCAUGAUGAAUGUUUAGCAUGUUCAGAUGGAUACUAUAUGGUUUAAACCCAUAAAUGUACUUCAUGUAUAAGUAAUUGUAAAGAAUGCGAUAAUUCAUAUACUUGUAUUACAUGUUUUGAUGGUUAUUUUUUAUAUGAUGAAUAAUGUGUAAAAUGUGAUGAUAAUUGUCAUACUUGCGUUGAUGAAUAUUAGAAAUGUCUAAGUUGUAAUGAUAAUUUUUUAUUAAUUGAUAAUAAAUGCAUCUGCCAAGAGGGUUAUUAUUAUUAGAAUUAUGAAUGUUUAAAAUGCUAAUAUCCUUGUAAAAUAUGUGAACAAGAAUUUAAAUGCAAUGAAUGCCUUUCAUUAUCAAAUAUUAUAUUAAGUGAUUAAAAUAUGUGUGUAUGUAAAGAUGGAUAUUUUUGGUUAGAUAAUGGAUGCUAAUAAUGUGAUGAAACUUGCUAAACUUGUUUUUUAAAAAGUUAAAAUUGCUUAAGUUGUUAGCCCUAAUCUAAUAGAGUUUUAUUUAACAAUAAAUGUUAAUGUUAAAAUGGCUAUUACUUAAAUGAAUUUAAUUUAUGUUAAACUUGUAACUCUGAAGAAGGGAAAAUAAUUAAAUCUUGCAAGUAUAAGAAUUGCCCUGAUUCUUAAUGGACAUACGGAGAAGAAUAUGGUUGCUCUAAUUGCAUUAUUGAUAAAUAUUAUUCAUGCGUGAAUACUAUACUUUAACAGUCAAUUUGCUUUAAAUGCCCUUAAUAUUGUGAACUCUGCAAUGAAGAUGAUCUCAAUUAACUGGUUUGCAAAAAAUGUUAAUCAGGCUAUUUUGUAGAUGCCAACUCGUGUAAUAAAUGCAAUGAUAAGUGUAAAGAGUGUGCUGAUUCAUCAUCAAAUUGUUUAUCAUGCAGAUUCGUUUAAAAUGAUUAGAAACAAUGUAAAUUGUGUGAGUCGAUGGAUGGAUAUUAUACAGAUUAUAAAAACAAUUUAUGUUAUAGCAAAUGUGGUGAUGGGAUUAAAUCCAAGGAUGAAGAAUGUGACGAUGGAAAUAUAUUAGAUUUUGAUGGUUGCAACUAAAAUUGUAGAAAGGAAUAAAAUUAUAUUUGUUAGAUGGGAAUAUGUUUGAGUACUUCAAAUAUUCCAGUUCCAAAAUUAUAGGCUAUAGGAGAUACCUCACUUUACAAUCCCUAAAGGUUAUUUUAGCUCACUUAUAAUCUUGAUCUCGAUUUGCCAGAUAAUUUUAAUCUAUCUUAAUUCAUACAAUUAGAACUCUAUAAUGGUUUUGAAUUCAAAAAUAUCAAUUAUGAAUAUUCGAUUACAUAAUAAUUGGAAAUCCAAAAUUCAAAUAAGACAUAACUGUCAGCCAUUAUUAAAUUAACUCUGAAUAGAACAUCCUCACAAGAGUCCUUGUAAAUAGUGUAUAACAAUCUGACAUCAUUUUCUUCAGAUGGUUAAAUAUAAUAGAUUUCAUAUCUAACAUAAGAAAUUAAGAAAUAUACCCUAAUUGAUUAAUAAUUGAUCGAAGAAGUAGGAUUAGUUAAUUCAGGAAACUAUUAUAUUCUGUAUAUAUUAGCUGGAUUUGCCGGAGGAUCAAUUCUAUUUGGAGGAGUUGAUAUUUUUUAUAAUCUUCUUGAUACACUCUAGAUGUUGUCCUAUCUUAAAUACAUUAACACUUAAUUCCCAUAUAAUUUAGAGUAAUUUUUUGAUUUGUUUGGGUUUGCUUAAUUGAGCUUCAUUUCAAAGUACUUUGAUAUUGAAGGUCUUAUUGAUCCUUACAUUGAUUUUUAAAGAUUGAAAUCCAUUCCUAAGAAAAUCUCUGAUGAUGGUUACAGUUCCUUGUUUAUAAUAAAUGGUACAUCUUUAUUAACCAUUUGGCUAUCAUUCCUUUUCGUUUUUGCUAUAGCAAUAAUGGUUCUACCUAUUUUAAGAUAGUUUUAGAUGAAAUAUUUUUCAGACACACCAGAAAAGGAUAAAUGGGUUUUGAGAAUUAAAUUAUAUUUAUUAUCAAUUAAGAUAUUUAUUGGAGAACUUUGCUACAUAAUCAUAUCUGAGUUUAUUUUUAGUGGAAUGAUAAGGACUCAUAUUUCAACAGCAUAUGAUUAUUCAUUUUCAAUGAUUCUAUAGAUUUCAGCCUUAGAACUAAGAUCUUAAGAUUAAUUAGCUUAAGUGAGUUCUGUGUUGUCAUUAUUAGCUUUGGCUGUUUAUUUAUUAGUAAUCUAUGCAAUAACCUAUAUAUCUCAAUUAAGUAAUUACUCUAUUACUUAACAAAACAAUAAAUAGCGUUACGGCUCUGUUUUUGAGGGUUUAAACUUAAUUGGCUUUUGUAGAUAUACUAACGCUAUAAUCCUAUUGAAAAAACUACUUUUUAUGUUCCUGCUAAUUUUUACAUACCACGACCCUCUAUUCCAAUCGAUAAAUUUAGCUUUUCUUUCUUUGAUUUAAAGUUUAUUAAUAUUUUAUUUCAAACCUUUUGAAGAUCAGAAUGAAUAUAAAAAACAGUUUUCAUGUGAAGUUAAUAUUUCCAUAACGUUAUUUCUUAUAUCAAUUUUGAUAAUUGAUUAAGAUUUGCAUUAUAAUUUUUUUACAGAAGAAGACAAAAUCAAUUUAGGUUGGUGCUGUAUUAUUUGUAUAAGUUGUAUUUUGAUCAUUUAAUUAGUUAUUGAUAUUUAUUAGUAAUGGAGAUUAUUGAUAAAAAAAUAUCGAUAAAUAAAACGUUUGAUCGAAAAAAUUAACAAAUUAUUCUUUUCCUAAUCUGAAAGUCAUGUAUCCCAUACGCCUCUUAGCGUGGUGCACUGA